AUGCCGCAUUAUAAAAUACCAUUGUUGAAAAAUGAAGAGCAGCAAGAUAUAGUACAGUUUAACAGCAUUCAAAACGAUGAGGAAAUUGGAGGUAAAAUAGAAAAUUUAUUAGGAAAACACAAAGAAGUCGUAACGGAAAAAUUAGGUAAAACUAACAUCCUGAACUAUGAGAUAAAACUCAUUGAUAAUGUUCCGGUUCGCUCACGAUUUUAUCCGCUGUCGCCGCCGAAAGCCGCGGAAAUGGAGGCACAUAUUAAACAACUUCUUGAUAAAGGUAUCAUUGAAAAAUCGAGUUCACCAUAUGCGUCACCAGCAUUUUUAAUCGACAAAGCCAGUGGUGGCAAGCGACUUUGCUGCGAUUACAGGGCGUACAAAUAUGUUCCUUUCGGGCUCUGUGUAAGUCCGCAGUCAUUAAACAGGGUGGUCGAUAUGAUAUUUGGUGAUAUAAAAUACAAGUAUAUAAUCCCAUUUGUGGACGACAUUUGUGUUUUUUCCAAAGACAAGGAAUCGCACGUGCAACACCUAGACGAGGUGUUGAGUAGACUUGCUCUUGGAGCUGUGCUUCAGCAGGAAGUGGACGGGGCCCUGGCGCCGGUGUGUUACGCGAGCCGCACGCUGUCGAGCGCCGAACGUCGCCAGACGGUCUACGAACUAGAGUGUGCCGCCGCCGUAUUCGGAGUCACUAAAUUUAAACAAUAUUUAGAAGUCGCGCCGUUUGAACUUCAAACCGAUAAUGCUGCAUUAUCUUGGCUUUUUGAACAUCCUAAACAGAUUGGAAAGCAAAUGCAGUGGAACGCGUAA